AUGGCGGACGCACAAACCGAGAGGGCUUAUCAGAAACAGCCCACGAUCUUCCAGAACAAGAAGCGUGUUCUGGUUGCAGAUGGAGGCAAGGAGAGCAAGGAAAAGCUCCCCCGUUACCACAAGAGUGUCGGGCUGGGCUUCAAAACCCCAAGAGAGGCUAUUGACGGCACUUAUAUUGACAAGAAAUGCCCAUUCACUGGAAACGUCUCAAUCCGUGGCCGUAUUCUCUCCGGCGUGGUGACCAAAAUGAAGAUGCAGCGGACCAUUGUGAUCAGACGUGACUAUCUGCAUUACAUCCGUAAAUACAACCGCUUUGAGAAGAGGCACAAGAACCUCUCUGUCCACCUUUCUCCCUGCUUCAGGGACGUCACAGUCGGAGACAUUGUCACUGUUGGAGAGUGCCGACCACUCAGCAAGACCGUGAGAUUCAACGUCCUCAAAGUCACAAAGGCUGCUGGAGCAAAGAAGCAGUUCCAGAAAUUCUAG